GGGCGGGAGAUUUGAAAGGGCCUCGGCUGGGGCGCGGUGGGGCAGGUUCAGUCGUUUGCGUGAGGCCAGGAAAGCAGCUGUGCCGCGGGCUCCAGCUCCCCGCCCCCUUUCCCUCUAAGGAUGGCCCAGAAGGAGAACGCCUACCCCUGGCCCUACGGCCGGCAGACGGCUCAAUCUGGCCUAAACACCCUGCCCCAAAGAGUCUUCCGGAAGGAGCCUACCACCUCAUCUGCGCUUGUCCCCAUGAGCUGCUCCAAUGCCCAGCCCACAGCUGCUCCUGGCGAGAAGAAGACGGAGAACAGCAGUGGGACACCCAGCUUCUUAAUGCGGCCCUUCACAAUUGACGACUUUGAGAUUGGGCGUCCUCUGGGUAAAGGCAAGUUUGGAAAUGUGUACUUGGCUCGGGAGAAGAAAAGCCAUUUCAUUGUGGCCCUCAAGGUCCUCUUCAAGUCUCAGAUAGAGAAGGAGGGUGUGGAGCACCAGCUGCGCAGAGAGAUCGAAAUCCAGGCCCAUCUGCAGCAUCCCAACAUCCUGCGUCUCUACAACUAUUUCUAUGACCGGCGGAGGGUCUACUUGAUUCUGGAGUAUGCCCCGCGGGGGGAGCUCUACAAGGACCUGCAGAAGAGCCGUACUUUUGAUGAGCAGCGAACAGCCACGGUCUGGGCGGAUCAUGGAGGAGCUGGCAGAUGCUUUGAUGUACUGCCACGGGAAGAAGGUGAUCCACAGAGACAUAAAGCCAGAGAAUUUGCUCUUGGGGCUCCGGGGAGAGCUCAAGAUUGCUGACUUCGGCUGGUCUGUGCACGCCCCCUCCCUGAGGAGGAAGACAAUGUGUGGCACCCUGGACUACCUGCCCCCGGAGAUGAUUGAGGGGCGCACGCACAAUGAGAAGGUGGAUCUUUGGUGCAUUGGAGUACUUUGCUAUGAGCUGCUGGUGGGAAACCCGCCCUUCGAGAGUGCUUCACACAAUGAGACAUAUCGGCGCAUCGUCAAGGUGGACCUGAAGUUCCCUCCGUCUGUGCCCACAGGAGCCCAGGACCUCAUCUCCAAGCUGCUCAAGCAUAACCCCUCAGAACGGCUGCCCCUGGCCCAGGUCUCAGCCCACCCUUGGGUCCGAGCCCACUCUCGGAGGGUGCUACCUCCCUCUGCCCUUCAGUCUGUCGCCUGAAUUGUCUGUCAUCUACUCAGUGUCUGUUUGUAUGUCUGUGUAUAUGUGGGGGGAAGGAGGUGACCCUGGCCUGUUCCCUUUUCUGUCUUCUACCUCCUUUUAAUUUAAUAAAGGCUGAAGCUUUUUAUACU